AUGAUUUCACAAUUUCUUGCUUCACAUUUCAAAUUAUUUUCAAUUCCACCCGAAAAUACAAAGGAUGAACCUCUCCAAAGAACUAAUUUUUCUCAGACUCUUCACGAAACACUUUCCUUUCUUAAAAAACAAACGAUUGAGUGGUUGGAAAAGGUAAAAACUGCCUUCAUGGGACUUUAUGAAUCACAUCCCAUUGCUACAUGCCUGGUUGGUGCUUGGAUUGCAAUUUAUCUCAUUCGGAAACAUUUUCUGGAGGGAACCUUGUGUCCCUCAUAUUUAUUACAACAAAAAUCCAUGAAAGGAAAAUUUGUCAUUAUUACUGGAGCAAAUAGUGGUUUGGGUUUAGAAACAGCCACUCAAUUGGCCUUAAUGGGUGCACGAGUGAUUUUGGCAGUUCGCAAUCCGAAACGUGGAUUGAAAGCUCGAGAUUUAAUUAUUCACAAAAUGAUGACACGAAUGAAACAACACAAUGCACCGGAUGAUACGCAUAUUCCAUUGGAAAGUGUGCAUGUCUUUAUUUGUGACUUGUCGAAUUUGGAAAGUGUGAAAGAUUUUGUUUCGUCCUUGCAAAUCAUGUUUUGUGGAAAUCCUACUCUGCAUGUGAGUCAGAAUGUGAAUUUUCAGAAUUCGUUGGUGGAGGAAGAGAAGAGAGAGGUUGCAGCUCAACCAGUGAAUGCGAACCCAGCCAAUCUUUUACAAACACCUCAUUCUGCUCAUGAUGUCAAAAGUCACAAACCUCAAGGCGAGUCAACCUCAGGAGUCACUCUUCAUGAAAUUAUUGAACAUUUAGACAGUGAGGAAGAGCAAGACUUGGAUAACCUUUCCUUUCAUUCUUCAUCUUUGGGAAGUUCAUUUUCUCACCCCUCCGUUCAUUCAUCACACCAUCACCACCAUCAUCAACCUCCUCCACAACAACUAAAUCUUGAACUCCAAAGACAAGAAUCACAUCCAAUUGUCGAUAUUCUCAUUAAUAAUGCAGGAAGUUUUCUCACCACACAUGGAGUGAGUGUCAAUGGAAUUGAAAGUCAAUUUGCUGGAAAUUAUUUGGGACAUUUUUUUUUAACUUACUUGUUGUUGAAGAAGGGAAUGUUGAACAAUCAUUCACGUUUGAUUAAUAUUGUCACUUCGUAUUCUCUCUUUUCAAAAUCAGAACAUUUAUCUCAUCCCAAAUUAUUUAACUUCGACAUUCAAGAUUUAAUUGAAAAUUGUUCAAAAACAUUCGACUAUGAACAAUUAUAUUUAAGAAGCAAAUAUGCCUUAUACUUGUUCUCUCGCCAACUUCAGAAAGUAUUUUUAAAUGUUGGUUCUCUUUCCAUUGCUUCGGUAAUGUUUGGAGGUAUGACAUCAAGUCUUGAUUGGCAUCAGCAAGUACAUGAGCAGGAGAAUGCCAUGUCUUUCUUUCCGCAACAUGCAAAAGUAGUUUCAGUAUUUCCUGGAGCGACUCGAACCUCUUCAUUGGAUCGAAUUUCACCUUUCACUCGAAUUUUCACAAGACCUUUAGAAUGGUUGUUAUUGAAAAGUCCAUGGCUUGGUAUUCAGACUAUUCUCUAUUGUUGCUUGUUACCAUUCGAUCAAUUGCAAGGAGGAGGAUACUAUGAAGAAUGCGAAUGUGUGAGACCAUUGGAAUUUGAGGAUUCCCAAGAAGAGGAGAGAAGGCAACGCUUGUGGUCUGUUUCUUUGGAUUUAGUGAAUCGUUUUGAAAAACUCUCGGAGAGUGGCAGCAGUACUGCGGAAGCUGUGUUGCAUCCUUAA